AUGUAUCGCUUUGUUCUUGUUGGCCAACAAGGGGUUGGUAAAUCAUCAAUAUUUAGCAGACUAUCACCACAAUCAUCUCCAUCGUUAGCUUUAGGUUCAAAUCAAUCUGUUCCUAUUCCACCAGCAUUAUUCUCAGUUGUAACUCUUGAUUUCCCUUCAACUAAUUUUACUUCAUCAACGUCAUUAGAUAACCUUCCACAAGUCUUAUCAACAGCCCAUGCUAUACUUUUUAUUAUGUCAGAUCCUGAAGAUCCAAAUCUUAAUGAUCUGAUUUCUCUUCUAACCAAAUACAAUUUAAACCAAAAAAGAUAUGUAUUCCUACACCAAGUUGAUAAAUUUGAUAAAGAAAGUUAUCCAUAUUUAUUAGAAAAAGCGAAGCAAAAUGCAAGUAGAAAUGGUAUAGAUGAAUCUCAUUUCUUUGAAACAUCUUUGUUUGAUGGUAGUAUUAAUAGGACAAUUCCAAAGAUAGUUACGAGUUUAAUGCUUCAUUAUUCUGAAUUAGAAAAUUACAUCGCAAAACUCCACAAGUCAUGUAAUGCUACUUGCGUUAUUAUAUGCGAUGCCGCUACAUACCUUCCGAUUUGUAAUUCCAUGCCAAAUCAACCAGAACAACCAACAUCGAUAUUCGAAUUUAUACUAAAGGUAUAUCCAAAAGGAAACAAACUUACAUCAGUAAUAUUCGAAUGUAAUAAUUCUGUUGUAGUAUUUAAGCCAAUUAAUGAUAAAGCAGGUAUUUUUAUUACUUCUUCUGCAGAUGGAGUUACAACAGAUGGGAUACAAUUUAAUAUUAAUCAUGCGCUUCCAACAUUAAGGAAAUUAAUUUCUAUCGAAUAA